GAAGGCGAGCGCUGCUUGAUUAACCGUUUACGUCCAACCGCCAGGGGUCGAAGUCGCCGCAGAGUGACGACGCAAUUUCAUUUCUGCUGGUAUUACGGUAGUUAGAGGAGAGCCAGAGUUAAUUUAAAGACAGGUCAGACAUGGCGCUGCAGCCUUUCUCCUUCCCAUCCCCAGAAACCCGUUUCUUCAAAGCUGGUAGCUUAAUCUACAAGUUCAAGAUAAAAGGAGGAAACAGCUUCAGUGAAGAUGAUGUUUUAGAGGAAGAUAGCGUCGAUCAGGAAAUGGAGGAAAUUGUUAGAGCGGUUCUUGGCGACUUGGACGGCCUUCAGCCCUUCACCACCCCUCAUUAUACUGUAUUUCCUUACAAGAAGAGCUGGAGGAAAGUGAGCAAACGCAAUGAAAAGAAGCUGUUAUUUUACCCCUUUGUUAUCAUCCUUUACCUGGAGAAGAACAUGUGCAAAGGGAAGCCAACGGAGAAUUCAAAGGAAACGCAGCUCAUCCCUGAUGUUUCCGAGGAGCCAAGGCCAAAGCGCCGUCGCAGCGACUCGCCACUAGAGGAGGCCAUCAUUAAAGAAAUGUGGACAGAAAUGGAGUAUGAACGCCACAUCUCAGUGCCGGGCGUGGCAGAGUCGGAGCGUCAUCGCACAGCGCAGGAGGCGGUGGACGACUCAGCACCCACUGAUGAGCUCCAGACGACACACUUCACACCAGAGACGGAGAGGCGGCCUGAGAAAGCAGGGAUUCUCCGGCGACUUGUCAGAAACAUCUUCCCUUUCAUCUUCGGACCGCCUGAAAACUAAAGCUUCCAGGGGUGCAUUGCUACAACGACGGUGUUUGUCAGAAUGCUGGGUUCAGAUAAGGUUAUGCACCACCGAAGCCUUAUAGUUAUUUAGAGAAUAAAACCACAAGAAUGCAUAAAAGUUCGAGAACAGGCAAAGAUUUAUUCAUAGGAAGUAGUGCAUUGUUUUCCUUUUAAUUCCAUCGUUCUGUUUAAUUUACAGAUAUUAUUUACAAGUGGUCAUUUCAGUUCAGAUCCAUGAUAAUAAAUACAUUUUGUACAUUC